AUGUUUGAGGGUUUGACCGACGAGCAGAAGCAAGCCAUCGUAGCAGACCUGAGCGAUAUGGACGCGAAGCUCCCAGGUGGUGGGUUGGCGGGGUAUCUCCAAAGGGCGCGAGGACUUUUAGCAGAUGCCAAAGCUGGCAAGAAUCCCUUUGAAGGGCUGACGCCAGAGGUUCCCAUGGGCGAACGCCUCACUGGAGAAACUGGACCAGGCUCUAAGACAUACGCAGAUUUUGAGAAGAAAGGCAUGGAGCAGCUCAGCAAGACUUGCUUUUGCCUUGUUGCAGGAGGCUUGGGGGAGCGCCUGGGUUAUCCAGGAAUCAAGAUUGGCAUCACGGCCGAGUUGACCUCCGGGAUGACCUUCAUGGAGCUCUACGCCAAGUAUAUCCUAGCUUUUCAAAGCUAUGCUCGUCAGGCCUCUGGAAACUCAUCCUUGGAGCUGCCUUUGGCCAUCAUGACCUCAGGUGAUACUAACGCCAAGACCCUGGAGCUAUUGGAGGCAAACUCCUAUUUUGGUUUGAGCAAAAGUCAAGUGACUAUCAUGAAGCAGGAGCUUGUCCCUGCUUUGAUGGAUAUAGAUGCUCGCAUUGCUGUUAAAGAUGGUCAGGUGGAGAAAAAGCCCCAUGGCCAUGGAGACGUGCAUGCUUUGCUUCACCAGCAUGGGCUCCCAAGAAAGUGGGCCAGCGAGGGCAGAGAGUGGCUUUUGCUUUUCCAAGACACCAACCCAUUGCCCUUCCGAAGCUUGUGCGCAAUUCUUGGGGUGUCAGCAGCGCGCAACUUUGUCAUGAAUUCUGUGACUGUACCACGUUUGCCUGCCGAAGCAGUCGGCGGAAUUUGCAAGCUCAAGGACGCCUCUGGCGAAGGCAUGACCAUCAAUGUGGAGUACAACCAGCUGGAUCCCUUGUUGAAGACCACUCCUGCCGGAGGUGAUGUAGCAGAUGCCAGCGGAUUUUCUCCAUAUCCCGGAAAUAUCAAUGUGUUGGUCUUCCGCGUGCCCGACAUGGCAGAGCGGCUGGAAUCCACAGGUGGUAUCGUCCCAGAGUUCGUCAAUCCCAAGUGGGCAGAUGCGGAGAAGAGCAAAUUCAAGUCUCCCACCCGUUUGGAGUGCAUGAUGCAAGACUUCCCUAGGCUUUGCAAGAAGGAAGACCAAGUGGGGUUUACCCAAUUGGAGAGACUCAUGAGCUUCACUUGUGUCAAGAACAACUUGGCCGAUGCGGCCAAGAAAAACCCUCCAGACUGCGCACUUUCAGCAGAGGCGGACAUUUAUGCCUGCAACGCUCGUUUGCUUGAGCUUGCGGGUGAAGGAAAGGUCAAAAUCGCCCAGCCCAAGGAUGUCAGCUUCUUAGGCAUCACAGCAAGCAUUGGAGCUCGCAUCAUUCUGGCACCAAGUUUUGGAAUAUCUUUGGAAGAUAUGAAGACAAAGAUCAAAGGUAAGGUCAGCAUCUCCCAAAAGUCAGAGCUUCUCAUUGAUGGCAACGUGACAUUGAAUGACCUGGACCUGGAUGGAGCCCUGAGGCUUUUGGCCGAUGGUGAGCUAGGAAGCAAGGUGGUGAAGAAUUCAGGCUCGCAGCUGGCAGCUAUUCCAGACCAGGAGCUCAAAUCACAAGAACCCUCUCUCCAGAUUCGAGGCUACCGUCGUGUGGCUGCUGAGGUGGAGGAGAUCAAGAAGCUUUGA